AUGGAAUCUGAAUCAGGUACUAACAUGGAAUCUGUAUCGGGUACUGACAUGGAACCUGAAUCAGGUACUGAUAUGGAAUCUGAAUCAGAUACAGACAUGGAAUCUGAAUCAGGUACUGACAUGGAAUCUGAAUCAGGUGCUGACAUGGAAUCUGAAUCAGGUGCUGACAUGGAAUCUGAAUCAGGUACUAACAUGGAAUCUGAAUCAGGUGCUGACAUGGAAUCUGAAUCAGGUACUAACAUGGAAUCUGAAUCAGAUACAGACAUGGAAUCUGAAUCAGGUACUAACAUGGAAUCUGAAUCAGGUACUAACAUGGAAUCUGAAUCAGGUGCUGACAUGGAAUCUGAAUCAGGUGCUGACAUGGAAUCUGAAUCAGGUGCUGACAUGGAAUCUGAAUCAGGUACUAACAUGGAAUCUGAAUCAGAUACAGACAUGGAAUCUGAAUCAGGUACUAACAUGGAACCUGAAUCAGGUGCAGACAUGGAAUCUGAAUCAGGUGCUGACAUGGAAUCUGAAUCAGGUGCUGACAUGGAAUCUGUAUCGGGUACUGACAUGGAAUCUGUAUCGGGUACUGACAUGGAACCUGAAUUAGGUGCAGACAUGGAAUCUGAAUCAGGUACUAACAUGGAAUCUGAAUCAGAUACAGACAUGGAAUCUGAAUCAGGUACUAACAUGGAAUCUGAAUCGGGUACUGACAUGGAAUAUGAAUCAGGUGCUGACAUGGAAUCUGAAUCAGGUACUAACAUGGAAUCUGAAUCAGAUACAGACAUGGAAUCUGAAUCGGGUGCUGACAUGGAACCUGAAUCAGGUGCAGACAUGGAAUCUGAAUCAGGUACAGACAUGGAAUCUGAAUCAGGUGCAGACAUGGAAUCUGAAUCAGGCACUGACAUGGAAUCUGCAUCAGGUACUGACAUGGAAUCUGUAUCGGGUACUGACAUGGAAUCUGUAUCGGGUACUGACAUGGAACCUGAAUUAGGUACUGAUAUGGAAUCUGAAUCAGGUACUGAUAUGGAAUCUGAAUCAGGUGCUAGCAUGGAACCUGAAUCAGGUGCUGACAUGAAAUUUGCAUCAGGUACUGACAUGGAACCUGAAUCAGGUGCAGACAUGGAAUCUGAAUCAGGUACAGACAUGGAAUCUGAAUCAGGUGCAGACAUGGAAUCUGAAUCAGGUACUGACAUGGAAUCUGAAUUAGAUACUAAUAUGGAAUCUGAAUCGGGUGCUCUCAUGGAACCUGAAUCAGGUACUGACAUGGCAUGUGAAUCAGGUACUGACAUGGAAUCUGAAUCGGGUGCUCUCAUGGAACCUGAAUCAGGUACUAACAUGGAAUCUGAAUCAGGUACUGACAUGGAAUCUGAAUCAGGUACUAACAUGAAAUCUGAAUCAGGUACUGACAUGGAAUCUGAGUCAGGUACUGACAUGGAAUCUGAAUCGGGUACUGACAUGGAAUCUGAAUCAGGUACUAACAUGAAAUCUGAAUCAGGUGCUGACAUGGAAUCUGAAUCAGGUACUAACAUGGAAUCUGAAUCAGGUACUGACAUGGAAUCUGAAUCAGAUACUGACAUGGAAUAUGAAUCAGAUACUGACAUGGAAUAUGAAUCAGGUGCUGGCAUGGAAUCUGAAUCAGGUACUGAUAUGGUAUGUGAAUCAGGUACUGACAUGGAAUCUGAAUCGGGUGCUGACAUGGAAUCUGAAUCAGGUACUGAUAUGGAACCUGAAUCAGGUACUGACAUGGAAUCUGAAUCAGGUACUAACAUGGAAUCUGAAUCAGGUGCAGACAUGGAAUCUGAAUCAGGCACUGACAUGGAAUCUGCAUCAGGUGCUGACAUGGAAUCUGAAUCGGGUGCUGACAUGGAAUCUGAAUCAGGUACUGAUAUGGAACCUGAAUCAGCUACUGACAUGGACUCUGAAUCAGGUACUGACAUGGAAUCUGAAUCAGAUACUAACAUGGAAUCUGAAUCAGGUGCAGACAUGGAAUCUGAAUCGGGUGCUGACAUGGAAUGUGAAUCAGGUACUGAUAUGGAACCUGAAUCAGCUACUGACAUGGACUCUGAAUCAGGUACUGACAUGGAAUCUGAAUCAGCUACUGACAUGGACUCUGAAUCAGGUACUGACAUGGAAUCUGAAUCAGGUACUGACAUGGAAUCUGUAUAG